GGCUCCGCCCUCAAAUCGCUCACUUUUCCUCCCGCUUGCGGCGCGCAGACCGACGGCGGAGGCAAACGUCCAGGAGCGCAGCCGGCGGGGAGCCGGGAGCCGGGACGCAGGAGAGAGGCGCGCGGGCGGGGAGCAGGGACGCAGGGAGCGUCCCAAGAACCAGUGAGGAGGACUCGGGAUCCUGCUGGCCAUGCUGACCUCUGCACGCUCCCUGCUUGGUCCCAUGAUGCUCUGGGCCCUCCUGCUCCUGCCCUCCUCCCUGAGUGUUCAUAGACGUGGAUGGGACAACCCCAGUUGCACCAGUGGCGUGGUCUCUGUGCCCAGGGGUGAGCGUGCUGAGAUGGCCUGCAACAUAUCCAACCCCUUCUACCUCAUCACCAUCUGCCUGGUUGUCCCCGGGAAGGAGUGUCGGUUCAUCUUCAAAGAUGUAGCCCAGGGAAACGUCUCCCGGGAUGGGUGGCAGCUCCGAGUUCAAGGAUGCACGGCGCAGCUGGUGACGGAGAAAGCCCAGGACACCCAGGCGGGGCAGUACAAGUGGGAGAUGGUUGGACACCAAAGAAGUGUUAGCUUUACCACCCUGAACAUUUCAGAGCCACCGGAUCUACCUUUCACGCCGUUCUUCUCCAGAGCUACAAGCCCAGAGAUGACAUUCUCCCAGCCCGAAGCCAUCCCCCAGCACCAGAGGCGGACUCCCAUGGGCCCCAUCCUCCUCCUCCUCAUCCUCUCCGUCCUGGGGCUCGGCCUUGUUUUGGCCUGGUUCAGAAGGCGCCAUUCCGCCAGGACCCAGCAGCUCCUGCAGGAGCCAGUUCUGAGCUGAGGCUGGGCGCCCAUCAGGAGGGUGAUGAAGCCCAUCUGGCAUCCGGAAUCCAGCCCCAGGAUCCCCACCCCGACCAGCGCUGCCUGCACAGGGUGGGCACACUCUCCCCCGUUGGGCUGGCAGGUACCCAAGGUGGCAGAAGGAAGCGGGACCCUGUCCCUGUCUGCUGGAAGGAGACCGCUGUGCUGGGGGGCUCCUCUGUGUCCUACACAAAGGUCAGGGACGGUGGCCUCACCCAGAAAGGCUGCAGUGUCCUGGCCGUAUCCCAGCCACUCACACCCGAGACCCGGGACAGGCCCUCGCCCACCUCAGUGUCCACUGUGCGUCUGUCUCUCUCUGUCUGCUCCCUCUCCUUGCCGCCCAAAAUGUGAAAAUCCCGUUUCAAAACACUUGACCUGGGCCCCCCCUCCCCGCCCCCUGGUGGCUCAGGCAGUUGGAGCUCCGUGCUCCUAACUCCAAAGGCUGCCGGUUGGAUUCCCACAUGGGCCAGUGGGCUCUCAACCACAAGGUUGCCAGUUUA